UGUGGCUUUCCACACUCCCUCUGCUGUGCACUGAUUGGAGGAUUGCUCAGCCCCGAGCUGCGCGAGCGGAAUGUGUCUGACUCCGGUUACUACGAACAUAAAAACAACGCUGGAGCCUCCGAGCCUCGCUUUCACACCCACACUAACUGGAUAAAUCCGCUUUUAAUUCCUAAUUCUGGACCUUUCUACGACCUUUUGCUUUGAAACCAUCAUCAUCCAGUCAGUAGCUGUUUUGUAAGGAUGUUUUAAAUGCUGGUGUGAAUUUAUUAAAUAGUUCCACUGAGGGAUCGUGGGCACGUUGGUGGUGCUGCUCCUCGAAAGUAGCCUGGAAAUUCCCUCAACGUGGGACGUCCUGUCCUUCACCACUCAUGAAACUGGCCAGCCCCUGCUCUCUGAAACAUCAUGUCUUGUUGCACUGGCUCCCUUCUCAGGGUUUUAACCAGGAGGAAUCCAUGAUUAGGCUUUGAAGUCCUCACCACUCUGUCUUGCUGUCCUGCUGUCUGCAUCCUGUGACGUGUCCCUCCACACCAUCACUCCACAACACCAAACCAUCUGCAGCCUCUCAUCCUUUAACUGCCACAAUGAAGACAAUCAGGGUCUUCUUUGCAAUGUUUGGAGUCUUCCUUCUCAGCCAUCAAACAGAAGGCGGGCAGAAUCCAGACUACGUGCUCCAUGGCACGGGAGUAAAACAUGGAGAGCCAAAAAAAUCUCAGGCGGAGGACGGCUCCACCGUGGCUCCAGAAGACGCUGCACGAUUCCUCAGCUGUUACUGCUCAGGCCACUGCCCAGAGGACGCCACCAACAACACCUGCGAGACCAACGGGCAGUGCUUUGCCAUCAUCGAGGAGGAUGAGCAUGGUGAAGCUGUCCUCACAUCUGGAUGUAUGAAAUAUGAAGGCUCCCACUUUCAGUGCAAGGAUUCUCCCAACGCUCAGACGAGGAGGACGAUUGAGUGUUGUUCCACAGACUUCUGUAACAGAGACUUGCAGCCUACUCUUCCACCUCCUGUUAUCCAAGACCCCUUGUUCGUGAAUGCCCACUGGCUUGCCUUCCUGAUCUCUGUGACCGUGUGCUGCUUCACACUCAUCGCAAUUACCAUUGUGGUAUACUACAGGUAUAAGCUGCAGACAGAGAGGAGACGCUACCAAAGAGACCUGGAGCAGGAUGAGGCCUUCAUUCCUGCUGGCGAGUCUCUCAAAGACCUGAUCAGCCAGUCGAGCACCGGCUCAGGCUCAGGCCUCCCCCUGCUGGUGCAGCGCACUAUCGCUAAACAGAUCCAGAUGGUGCGUCAGAUCGGGAAGGGGCGCUAUGGUGAGGUGUGGCUUGGACGCUGGAGAGGAGAGAAAGUGGCAGUAAAGGUGUUUUUCACCCGUGAGGAGACCAGCUGGUUCAGGGAGACUGAAAUCUACCAGACUGUACUGAUGAGACACGAGAACAUUCUCGGUUUUAUUGCGGCUGACAUUAAGGGCACAGGAGCCUUCACUCAGCUCUUCCUCAUCACAGACUACCAUGAGAACGGCUCUCUGUAUGACUAUCUGAAGUUCACCACCCUGGACACUCAGGCUCUGCUGAAGCUGGCCUACUCUGCAGCCUGUGGUCUAUGUCACCUCCAUACUGAGAUCUAUGGCACGCAGGGCAAACCAGCCAUCGCUCACCGAGACCUGAAGAGCAAGAACAUCCUCAUCAAGAAGAACGGCACCUGCUGCAUCGCUGAUCUGGGUCUGGCUGUUAAAUACAACAGUGACACUAAUGAGGUGGACGUCCCUCUGAGUACGCGAAUGGGAACACGGAGGUAUAUGGCCCCUGAGGUUUUGGAUGAGACGAUGAAUAAGAAUCAGUUCCAGGCCUACAUCAUGGCAGACAUCUACAGUUAUGGCCUCGUGGUUUGGGAGAUGGCCCGGCGAUGUGUAACAGGAGGCAUUGUGGAAGAGUACCAGUUACCGUACUGGGACGCAGUUCCUUCAGAUCCAUCUUACGAGGACAUGAGGGAAGUUGUGUGUGUAAAGGGCACGCGGCCUACAGUCUCCAAUCGCUGGAACAGCGACGAGUGUCUCAGAGCCAUGCUGAAGCUGAUGUCCGAGUGCUGGGCCCAUAACCCAGCCUCUCGCCUCACUGCUCUGAGAAUAAAGAAAACACUUGCCAAAAUGGUGGAAUCACAAGACAUCAAAAUAUGAGAUGUGCAUCACUACACAUUACACUGUGUGCUUCAGUGACAGAGUGGAAAUGUGAACUCCUUUGAAACAGGAAUUGUUCCCUGAGUUCCCAAACAUAAAUGUGAAGCAGAGUGCUAUGGAGCAGAGCACUUCUCUUUCACUGAAAUCCCUCAGUGUCCCUGUAGCACCCUCUGCUGGACCAGGAGUGCCGUGUCACCACUACAAAGAACUACAUACAGACCUAGUGUGGGUCUCUUCGAUCCUAAACACUAACUCAAAGUAGAGUGAUCAAGCUGUAUCCCUACUUCAACCGUCCAUCCUCUUUUACUUUAGACACUCUAUUGGGAGAGAUCUGCCGAAUCAAUUGCUUUCCGUGAAAGCUGUGUGUCGUGAUGCAAAUGGCAGCACAUGCCAACUGAGUGGAAAACCUGAAGUACAAGAACGUUUUGGAGAAGGCUGAUUCAUUUUCCGUAUGGUACCGUUCUUCCAUCCCUCAUCAGCCUUAGAGAUGUAUGAAUCAAAAUGGAGGUAUUCUUCCAUGCAGAUUCAAAAUGACUGCUCUGAAUGCGGACUAUGUGCAGCACACAAUACAGGUGCAAAGGAAAGAGCACCGUUAUUUUAAAUGAUCUUCUCUCAUAUUAUUAUAGAUAAGUAAAUAUUAUUCAUCAAUAAUGUUAUUGAUAUUUAAAAAAAAAUUACUCAAGUGAAGAAUUUCUUACACAUUCUCUAUUUUAAAACGUCUGUCCAAUUAAUAUUGAUGUGUUGUCAAAAAUUAUUUGGAUGAUGUAAUCAGUGAGGACAGAAGUACAGGGGCAGGGCCGUUUUGAGCUAUAACUGGUGUAAGCGGUCAUUUGGGGCCUCCAAGAAUAGUGGGCGCCAUGAGAGUGCAUGAUUUAUAUACAGGACUCACAGAGGUUUAGAAACAGCCUUGUACAUGGGCAUUAACAAUCUCAUCACAGAUUUUCCACACCAUAGGACAGAAAUCAUUCUACACUUUAUAAAUGGCAGGGCUGUCAGUCAUGUAUUCUGUCUGAAUAACAAGCAUGGUUUGGUUGACUAUGAUGUAGUGCCAUGUAGCUUCAUCAUCCACAUUAAAUUUUACCUUCACAUUUCGUCAUUUGGCUUCCUCUUUUAUCUAAAGUGACUUACAGUUGAGACAGAAUACAGCUGAGCAGUUCAGGGUUAAGGGCCUUGCUCACGGACCCAACAUUGGCAGUGCUAGUGAUCUGAACUAAAGCCCUAACCACUAAGCCAUCACUGCUUUAAACAUGCCAAUAAAUCACAUUAAUACAUGCCAGAUAGGAUUCAUGAGUUUACUUUUUAGAGUUUUGGUUAAUGUGACUGAUUACUUAUAGAAUCUCAUAAAUAUCAGAUGGGAUUGAAGAAUAAAACUGCAUGUGCUAUUUAUUCUAAUCAUGUCAUGUUGAAUGAACUAUUGUGAUAAAAAGAAAAUACUCAUUUUAAAAGUGACGUAUUCAAUAUUAUUACAGAACAGCUUAACAUUAGCUUAAUGUCCCGUUCUUACUGUACAAAAAGUCAAAAUAUCAGUACUUUUCUUAAAAAUCCAUCUUAUUUACUUUUUAAAAAAUGGUUACCUUUUUAAGUGAAACUUUUAAUUUAAAAAUUGUUCCAGAAAAUAUACGGAGUAUAUUGAUUCCAGUAAUCACAUGAAUUCUGCUAAAAAAAAAUUAAACGUAUUGUGCUUAUUGACUGUGUGCCUAUAUUUAGCCUGGAUAAUUGAAUUGAAGUAACUAUUGAAUUAAAAUGAGUUCAGUUAUUCCCGCCAAAACGCUUUAGUACCAUAACAAUGCCAACGUUAUGCAUCUGAUAUAGGAACACAGUUUCUGGGAAUUCAUUUGCAUUCAAUGCUCAGACCUUCAGAAUACAGUGUUUCCACACCACAGUGUCCAUGUGUUAAUAUGCAUCAGAGCUUGUUUUGUGUAAUUACUAAAGCUCGGCACCUAUGCACUCAAAAUCGGUUCAUCAGCGCAUGACCAUUACCUUGUUCUUGACUAAAUAAAUGUGUUGUAGCCAGUAGAAAUUCAUCUGUAUCAUUAAUUGAUUGAUUACAGAAUCUUUUAUCCUUGUCUUAUAUGUCCAAUGUGCAAAAGAAGCUUGUGUAGAAAGUUUUUUUUGUUGUUUAUUUUGUACAGCAUCUGGGUUAAAGAAAGGUGCCUUAUGUUUACCAAGAAAAGCUGUUCUGUACACAAAAUUUGUCCAGUGUAUCAAUUUUAAAGUAAAUUACAAUAUUUUAGUAUGCAA